AGGCAACACUUCUCAACUAAAACACUUAAGGUUAUCUCCUUUCUUAUUACUCUAACUAGCCACAUUUGGGAGGCUAGGUGGUGUAAUUUUCCGGCGAAAUGAGGCUUCAAGGUGGCGGCCUUGCCAAGGGUUGUCAGUAUUUGCCACAAAUCUUAACGGCGUUGGCCAUAUUGGUUGUUGCUAAUGUAGUGUCGGCAGGCCCUUAUGUAUACUCUUCUCCACCACCUCCGAUGUAUGAGUAUAAGUCAACACCACCUCCUUCUCCUUCUCCGCCACCACCUUACGUGUACAAAUCUCCACCUCCUCCCUCACCUUUUUCCCCGCCUCCAUAUGUUUAUAAAUCACCUCCUUCCCCUUCUCCAUCACCACCUCCACCAUAUGUGUAUAAGUCUCCACCGCCUCCAUCACCAUCACCACCUCCACCAUAUGUAUAUAAGUCUCCACCGCCUCCCUCACCGUCUCCACCUCUACCGUAUGUGUACAAGUCUCCACCACCUCCAUCGCCAUCUCCACCUCCACCAUAUUACUACAAGUCUCCUCCUCCACCAUCACCUUCACCACCACCUCCGUAUUACUACAAGUCUCCACCUCCACCUUCACUAUCACCUCCACCACCAUACUAUUAUAAAUCUCCACCACCUCCUUCACCAUCACCACCCCCGCCAUAUUAUUAUAAGUCUCCACCGCCACCUUCUCCUUCACCUCCUCCACCAUAUUAUUACAAAUCUCCACCACCUCCUUCACCUUCUCCUCCACCACCUUAUUACUACAAGUCUCCUCCACCUCCAUCUCCAUCACCACCACCACCAUAUUAUUACAAGUCUCCUCCUCCACCAUCCCCAUCACCACCCCCACAAUACUACUACAAGUCUCCACCACCACCUACUAAAUCACCUCCUCCCCCGUACUAUUACAAUUCUCCACCACCACCAAUGAAGUCUCCCCCUCCACCAUAUUACUACUCCUCAACACCACCAGAAAAGAAAUCACCUCCCCCACCAUAUCACUACACUUCCCCACCACCACCUGUUAAGUCACCACCUCCUACAUACUACUACUCCUCCCCACCUCCACCUAAGAAAUCACCUUCUCCACCAUAUCACUACACUUCUCCACCACCACCAAUCAAGUCACCUCCAACAACUCCAUACUACUACAAGUCUCCCCCACCUCCAACUCAUUACUAUCCUCCACAUCAUCAAUUGGUGGUCAAAGUUGUCGGAAAAGUCUACUGUUUUAGAUGCUAUGAUUGGAAGCACCCAAAAAUGUCUCAUGGAAAGAAGCACCUGAAAGGUGCUGUUGUUGAAGUAACUUGCAAGGCUGGUGACAAGAAAAUUGUGAGUUAUGGUACCACUAAGAUCAAUGGAAAAUUUAGCAUCACAGUUGAAGGAUUUGAAUAUCGCAAAUAUGGAGCAAAGGCUUGCAAAGCUAAACUCCACAAUGCUCCAAAGGAUUCAAAGUGUAGAAUUCCUACAAACCUUCACUGGGGAAUAAAGGGUGCUAACCUUAAAGUGAAGUCAAAGAAUAACUAUGAAGUUGUACUCUAUGCAAAGCCAUUUGCUUAUGGCUCUAAGACACCUUAUGCAGAAUGCAAAAAGCCCAAGCCUACACCUGCUCCAUACUACUAUAAAUCUCCUCCACCUCCAUCACCGACUUAUGUUUAUAAGUCACCACCUCCUCCAUCGCCAAAGUAUGUGUAUAAAUCACCACCUCCCCCAACCCCCACAUACGUUUAUAAGUCUCCACCACCACCUGCUUACUAUUACAAAUCUCCGCCACAACCAACUAAAUCUCCACCACCUCAUUAUUAUUACAAGUCUCCACCUCCACCAUCACUAAAACCUACACUAGUAUAUUUUUAUAAAUCUCCGCCUCCACCAACUAAGUCUCCACCACCUCUUUAUUUCUAUAAGUCUCCACCUCCACCAUCACCAAAACCUGCACCAAUAUACUAUUAUAAAUCACCCCCACCUUACUACUACAAGUCCCCACCACCACCAUCGCCUUCUCCCCCACCUCCUUAUUACUACAAGUCUCCUCCACCACCAUCACCAUCUCCUCCUCCACCAUACUAUUACAAGUCCCCACCACCACCAUCGUCAUCACCUCCACCACCCUACUACUACAGGUCUCCUCCUCCUCCAUCACCAUCUCCUUCUCCACCAUACUAUUACAAGUCUCCACCACCACCAUCACCAUCACCUCCACCAACCUACUACUACAAGUCUCCUCCUCCACCGUCCCCGUCACCUCCCCCACCCUACUACUACAAGUCACCACCACCACCUUCACCAUCUCCUCCACCACCCUACUACUACAAGUCUCCUCCUCCACCAUCGCCAUCUCCUCCACCACCUUACUACUACAAGUCUCCUCCUCCUUUAUCCCCUUCUCCACCUCCACCAUACUACCACAAGUCACCACCACCACCUUCCCCAUCUCCUCCACCACCCUACUACUACAAGUCUCCUCCUCCACCAUCCCCGUCACCACCGCCACCUUUCCCAUCUCCUCCACCACCCUACUACUACAAGUCUCCUCCUCCACCAUCCCCAUCACCUCCCCCACACUACUACUACAAGUCACCUCCUCCACCAUCGCCUUCUCCUCCACCACCCUACUACUACCACUCUCCACCUCCACCAGUAAAGUCUCUUCCUCCACCCUAUUACUACAGCUCGCCUCCUCCACCCGUGAAAUCACCUCCUCCACCAGCAUACAUUUAUGCUUCUCCACCACCUCCAACUCACUACUAAGUAUUUCUAGGAGCUCAACCAUUCUCCCGAAAAAUUUCAAUUUGAUGCACAAAAUAAAGAAUGGUUUCUUGAGGGAAAGAUUCAAACUCCAAUGGCAGAAAUCAAUUAGUAAUUUAUUGAAUAAGAUCUUCUAUUUUACAAUUGGAAGAUUGAUACUUCAUGACAUGGACCAGUUUGCUUCAACUUCACCACUUGCCUUCUUGCUCAUUGUUCUCACUGCUUGUUCAUGGAGAAAUAGCUUCAGUAACUUAAUUAUUCCUUACAAUAAGUUAUCAGUUGUUGGUUCUUGAAUGUA